AGGAAAUGAAAAAGAUGAGAAGGAAGACUUUAGGACGAUUUCAUUGAAAUUAUUAUUACCAGGACAGACUGAUACUAUUGAUAUCAUGCAUGUUGCUAAAGAUACAGUGAAUGAUUUAUUACAGUAUGCAUUUGAGAAACCUGACUGUUGCUAUAGGACAUGUCUCUCAUUAAGGCUGAGAGGAAGGAAGCUUGACAACUUCUCAGAGAUUGGCUCUGUCUCCGGUCUAAAGGAUGGUUCAGUCAUAGAACUAGUUGAAGAGCCAUAUACACUAAGAGAUGUAAUGGUUCACAUCCAAAGACUACAAGAGUUGAUUGGAGUGGAUGUACUUCAGUCGUCAUACACGUGUAGCAAUGGUCUCUCCCUCUCAUUCCUUAAUCCAAUCAUCAGUACCAACCUUGAUGCUACACCUACAGGUAAUAAUCUUUCAUUCAUUAUUCUACCAUAUUCUUACUCUGUAUUUCUGUGUGGAGAAAUUUUAAUUUUUACUAUAGUACAUGUGCUGUCAUUGUGAACUAUGGAAACAUGUCUUAUUAAAAUACCUAUAAAAAUUGCUCUCUGUCUUUGUGUGCUUUCAAUGGAGUCAUUAUGCAACUUUCUUUUAGUGCAAGCAAGCAUUGAGACAUUCACUUGAUACAUGUGUUACACCUGUGCAAUGUACACGUGUAUUUGUGUUUCCUUAUACUGUAGUGCAAAUACAACAUGUACUUUGCUUUUGUGCCUCCUUGUUUCUAUUUAAUGCUGACAUGUAAUG